CCAAGAAACGAAAGUCCGGAAAGGACGACUACGAAACAAAGCAAGCUAAAGAUAAAGGCAAAAAGAGAAGGCUAGAAGCAAAAAAAGCAUCGCCAUCGAAUACUGUCAUAUGCAAGCACUGUGGUCUAAGUGGUCACUCAACUAAAGCUUCCUUUGCUUGCCAACAACAUAUUACUACUAAAGCGGAGCUCCUUCGAACAAACUAUUCAGAUAAGUAUGAGCUUUACGCUCGGAAACUGCCCCUUGUAAUCUACGUGGACGGUGUUUUUGAUGCUAAGCGCAGUAUCUUACGGAAAGAGCAUGAAGGAUUCCAGCAAAAAGUGAUUGAGCUGUGCAGAUUUAUACGGGACGUCACAACCAGAGCGCAGCUUUUCAUGAAUUACUACAUUAUUAAGAACCGUAAUUUAACUGUUCAGGAAUACAUUUAUGAACAAAACUUUUGGUACUGCAUCUGUAAGCUAGUCUUGGGCCAAAAAAUUACCAACAAAGCCUACAUUAACCACACUGUGGCUCUGACGUUCGAUGACGUUGCUACUGACGAUCCAUCCAUUAUAUCCCCCUUCAAGGAUCAAAAAAUCAAAGGUUAUAGUGAUGCUAUGGCGGCUGCAUGCGAGAGUAUAGCAACCACUUACAUGAACCACAUGGUGGAAAACUUCACUAAACGUAUCAGAUACUACUUGUAUUGGGCAUUGAAGCCUACUUUCCAGGAAACAAAGAACAAUGUGAUUUACGGACUCAUUGACUCAUAUUGCCUUCCUAAAAUUUUGUAUGAUAUGGAUACUUGUAAAUGGUUGGAGGAUGUUGAUAUAACAAAACAACCCGAAGUCGAUGCAACAUGCCAAUCAUUGAUGAAAAAGAUGCCAUCAACUCCAACAAUCGAAAAUAUCACAGCAGCACCAUCAACUUUUCUACCACCUUUGGCGUUCAUGCUGCAGUUGAUCGAAACGAAAGCCCUUACCGCUGGUCCGAAUGACAAAAAACCCAAAUUAUUCUCAUUAACUCCCACUGUGUCAUUCAAAUGGAAGCAUGUCAGCAUCAAUGAAAAGGCCCUAUGCUGUUUGUCCAGACAGUCCAUUGGCAACCGGUCCUAUGCUAAUAAUCUCGAGAUCUUCUUUAAUGUUUUUAAUUUUGCAAAGUUCGGAUAUGAAACCCUACAAGACCUUGUCAGAGCUCCAGCCAACUCUAAGGACAUGUUCAAUUGUGUAAUACACACAGAUGGCUUUGCUGUAACCUUUUUGUUUGUCCGUUCCCGUCAAGAAAAAAGUGCAACAGCUACACUCACUCUUGAGGAUUUUACUCCUGCUGAAAUCAACAAGUAUUUCAUGCCGAUAGCUGUAGAUCCAGGGCGUAAUGAGAUAUUCACAGCUGUAGUUGGUUACAACACAGAUACGCAUCAAAUUCGCGCAUGUAGCAAAGAGGAGCGCGCUCAAAUUGCUGGAUAUAACAGACGUACAAGGGUCGUGGAUGAAAAGAAGGUUGCAACUGGUAUCAAAGAAAUUGAGACCAAUCUACCGACGUGCAAGACUGUUCACUCCGAAAUACAAUAUAAGCUGUACCUUUCUUAUGUAUUGAGACAUAUCCAAAGCUUACAUGAAUUUUAUGGCUUCAACUCUGCCAAAUUCAUAUUUAACGACUAUCAAGGCCGUCAAAGAGCUGACGAAGAGCUCGCUAACAUGCUUCUGGAUGGAGGCAAAAAGUAUAACCCCAGAAAAAGAAAAAAAACCAACAAGAAUAAACGGCGUAAAAGAAAGUUGCCGAGAGGAAGCAAGACAACGAAGAGUAAGGUACAUGCAAGAAAAGCACAGAGGGCUGCAGAAAGGAAGGAAGGACAAGAGAAGAAGUUAACGAUUAAUGUAGAAGCAGCUGCGCAAAAAAGGUACGCAUUCAUUACUACUGAUUCAACAGUAACUGGUAACUAUAUAAAUACAUUAACCUGUCCUUUGCAGAUACAAAACAAAGACUGUUAAGAAAUGGACCGCUGCUCCAUUCUUUGAAGACCGCAAGAAAAUCCCAUUAGUCAUUUUUGGUGACGGGAUGAAGAACAAGGAUUGUGUUUCAUUUAAAGGCCACCCAGCAGGUGUGACAGGAAAGUUGUAUCGUACUC